GUUUUGUGUUUUUCUUUCCACUAGAGGGAGUAACUCCGGCCCGUUUCCUCGGUAGUUUGCGUCAAACCUGAAACAGGAGAAGCCGCGGCAGCGUAAACACCCCGAGGAGCUCAGAGACAUGACCUGUCUCCUUCACUAAAGAUCUGACAUGACUUCAUGAGACCGAACAUGUUUGUGUUCUUGCGCGCUGCUGUGUUUCUCCUCUUUACGCACAGCCUGACCCAAGCCGCGCGCUACGACAAAUGCGCCUCCAGGUGCGACGUGAGCUCGUGCCCGAGCCCGAGCUGCCCCGGCGGCUACGUACCGGACAGAUGCAACUGCUGCCUGGUGUGCGCGCCGCGCGAGGGGGACCCGUGCGGCCGCAAAAAUGACCUGCCGUGCGCCGACGGCCUGGUGUGCAAGCUGCGCCCCGCGGGGAGGCUGCGGGGCUCCAAGCGGGCCUGCCGGUGCAAGCUGGACCACGAGGUGUGCGGGAGCGACGGGAAAACGUACGGUAACGUGUGUAAGAUGAAAGCGGCCAGUCGGAAAGCUGUGGGCAGAGGGAGAGCCGCGGUGAGCCAAGCGCACAAAGGACCGUGCGCACCUCCAGGCGCAGGUCACUCCCUGGUCCGUCUCAGCAGCCCUCGAUACAAGUUCAACUUUAUCGCUGAUGUUGUGGAGAAAAUCGCGCCUGCUGUCGUCCACAUUGAGCUGUUUGUGAGACAUCCUCUGUUUGGUCGCCACGUGCGCGUCUCCAGCGGCUCUGGUUUCAUUGUGACGCACACAGGUGUGAUUGUGACCAACGCUCAUGUGGUCACCACGGCCGGCACGGUUACCGGGAGGCUGCAGCUGCGGGUUCAGCUCCACGACGGCGAUGCAUACGAAGCCGUGGUCAGAGAUGUGGACAAGAAGGCGGACAUUGCCACCAUCAAGAUCAGUUCACAGAAGAAGCUUCAUGUUCUGUCUUUGGGUCGCUCAGCUGAUCUGAGACCAGGGGAGUUUGUGGUUGCCAUCGGCAGCCCGUUUGCUCUACAGAACACCGUCACAACGGGCAUCGUCAGCACGACGCAGAGAGACGGAAAGGAGCUGGGCAUCAGGGACUCGGACAUGGACUACAUCCAGACGGACGCCAUCAUCAAUUACGGCAAUUCUGGAGGACCUCUUGUUAACCUGGAUGGUGAGGUCAUAGGCAUCAACACUCUGAAGGUAACAGCAGGGAUCUCCUUCGCUAUUCCUGCAGACAGGAUCAGCCGCUUCCUCGCAGAUUCCCAGGACAAACACAGCAAAGAAAAGGCCAAACUGCAGAGAACACAUGCGGAAGAUCAACAGUCUGAUGCAGAGACGUCACCAGUGAAGAAAUACUUUUUAGGUGUCAGGAUGAUCACAGUCACCAAAGUUUUGAUGUCAGAGCUGAAACAUCAGAACCCGGACCUUCCUGACAUCAGCGGUGGAGUUCUGGUGCAGCAGGUCGUACCCAACACUCCGGCAGAGAGGGGGGGGAUAAAAGCAGGAGAUGUUAUAGUGAAGCUGGACGGACAGCCAGUCCAGACGACUGAAGACAUCCAGAACAUGCUGCAGAGCGACCGGCCUCUUCUCCUCGAGAUUCGCCGAGGGAACGAUGACUUGCUGUUCAACGUCCAGCCUCAGCAGAGGAUGCUCUGAAGAAGUCGGCAGGUUUUAGAUGCACAGUGAUGAUUUGCAGAAAUCAAGACGUUUUUCCCAAAUGGCGCCAUCUAGAGGUGAGAAAUAUGUUGCAGCUGAAGCCUCUCUCCUUACUUCCGUGAUCAUGGCUGGAAGCAGCGUCUCGACAAGACUUACUUGUUCGUAAGAAAUGUCACCAACUCACCCUACGAGGGACGUCUGUACGUAGGCGGACGUCUAACGCUAUUGGCUAACGCACAACAACGAUCGAUCCACAUAAUAUGGAGCUCUUCGGGACGGGGGACGAGCUUAGUGGGGAAAAAGUGUUUAUUUCCUACGUUAUAUCCCAGUACAGGGUAAGACUCACUUCCAUAAGAAAUCAGACAAAGUUCCUGAAAGGGGGAAACUCCAGAUUGUAGAAAACUCUACCGAGUUGAGUCCGCUGCAGCGCGAGCUGAAGGCGCUUCAGAAUAAAAGCUUCUUAAAGAGG